UGGAGGGUCAGCUUACACUCCAGAUGUGGAUUUUCAUGCACAGAGAAGAAUAAAGCUUUGUGUCCCAACAACAUGCAGCCAAGAUGAAGCUGUGGAUUAUUUUCCUCUUCCUGAACAAUGGAUUGAUGAAAGCAGCCUCUUCUGCUGGCGUGACCCCGACGACCCCCUCUGAGGCGCUGAAGCCCACUGAGGACGGCAGCACCAUGCUGGUGAACUGGUUGACAAAGUAUGGCUACCUGCCACCUUCAGACCCCUCCACGGGUCAGCUGCAGGCCUGGACGGCCGUCACGAGGGCCCUCAGGACCAUGCAGAAGUUUGCAGGCCUAAAAGACACCGGAGUUUUAGAUGAAGAAACCGCAGCACUGAUGAGAACUCCACGCUGUUCUCUUCCUGAUGAUGAGGAGGAGUUGUUGGUCCAUGAAGAGGGAAAAGAUGCCAGGAGGAGGAGGAGGAGUGCGGUCUCUAUGUGGACCCGCAGGAACAUUAACUGGAGGGUCCAGUCCUACCCCUCAUCUUCUCAUCUGUCCCGGGAGAUGGUUCGCUCGCUGGUCUUCUACGCCCUUCGAGUGUGGGCGGAUCCCACCCCCCUGGAGUUUCAUGAGGUCGGUACAUUUGUUUGCUGCUGCGGGAUUGGAUCCAGCAGAACUCAAGCUGUUGUCUCUCUCCAGGUGGGCAGUCCAGAAUCGGCCGACCUGCAAGUAGACUUCCUCCAUGGUUACCAUGGUGACAACUAUCCCUUCGACGGGGCGGGGGGCGCGGUCGGCCAUGCCUUCUUCCCCUCGGACCCCGCCCGGGCAGGAGGGGUCCAUCUGGAUUCAGAGGAGCAGUGGGCUUUCAGGCAGCCAGACUCAGAGGGAACGGAUCUGUUCACGGUUCUGGUCCACGAGUUCGGCCACGCCCUGGGCCUGACUCAUUCCUCCUCCAGGCACUCGGUGAUGAGGCCGUACUACCAAGGUCCUGCUGGAGACCCCCUUCACUACCGCCUGGGACACCAGGAUCUGGAAUACAUCACCCAGCUCUACGGUAGAAGGAAUCAGCUGCUGGCUUCAGACGCUCCUCGCCUCACAGCAGACACUCAGCUGCGCCACAGGAGCCACCAUCAUCAUCCUCACAGACACGGUCCCUCCAUGGACCGCUGCAACACCAGUUUUGAUGCUGUGGCGAAGAUCAGGGGAGAAACUUUCUUCUUCAAAGGUCUGACGAUGUGGCGAGUCAACAGCGGGGGGUUGGUGUCGAGGCGGGGGUCUUCGGUCAGGAAGCUGUGGAGGGGACUUCCUGCUGACCUGCCCCAGCUGGAGGCGGUGAUAGAGAGGCCGUCCGAUCACGCCAUCAUCUUCAUCAGUGGCUCACAGUUCUGGCUGUUCAGAGACCUGUCCCUGCAGGAGGGUUACCCCCAGCCCCUGCCUUCCCUCAGGAUGGCAAGAGGAGACGGGGAGGAUGAGGAAGAGCAUGGACCACAGAGGUGGGGUUUGCAAUGGGACGCAGAGGAGGGAUCGGUGUGGGGAAAGUUAGGAGUCAGAGAGAAGCGAGAGGACGUGUGGUCUCAGCUGAUCCAGGAGGGCGUCAGCGGCAUCACCACAGACAACGAUGGCUCCAUCUACAUCUUUAAAGGAGACUCCUACUGGAAGUUCCUGUUUCCAGGUUCGGCGCCUCUGCAGGGAUACCCACGAUCCUCUGCUGCAGACUGGCUGGACUGUGCGGACGCCUUACCCCUACCCAGUGUGGGCGACAUCUCCCUCUCCUCACCUCCAGGAAGACAGGAGCUCAGGGAGCGACGGAGGGACGAGGAGAAGGAGGAGGACGGCGUCAGAAGACGAGACAGACACGAACAUAAACCCAAAUACAGACAGGACAGCGCGCCGUACAGCUGGACGCAGUGCACAUGUCAAAGUGGAGCUCUGAGUCACGGCGGCAGAACAUUGACUUGUGUCUAUAUCCUCAUAACAUGGAUACUUUUGACUUUAUAAAGCCAUUUUUUUUACUUAAAAACCCCACGGAUGGAAAUGAAGCAACAAUUUAAUUGUCUCCUUUGUGGAAUGGAAGUCGCCUUCACUUGACUAGAAAUGGUACAUCCUGGAGUUCAUACCUCUUUCAUUACAAUUGUUUGAACGUAAAAACUUCUGAUGAUUGAAAAAAUACAAAGAAUUUGGGGUAUCAUUUAAAACAAAUGAAGAUAAUGAGGUCUUACACUGCGAAAAGAGGUAAAAAUGGAGAAAGAACACUAAUCUGGAGAAGAAAAUCACUAGAAAGUAGUAAAAUGAUCAGUACACGCAGUAAUUCAUUUUUACUUAGAAAGAAAUCUGAUAAUAUAACAUUCUAGAAACAAGGAGUUCCACAGAAGCCUUAAAAACAACAAGUAGGCUCAG